AUGCUGUGGCGACUUGGGCUGCUGUUGGGUCUUUGCCUAGUGCUGACGCGAUGUGCAGAUGACGAGGUUAUCAAAUGUACCGGCGGGGAGUGCGUGAAGCUUCACCUUUGUCCUAACGGUGAACAUAACACCGAUGGUGCAAACAUCAUCGACAUUCGCUUCAAUCCCGACAACGAGUGCGAGGACUAUCUGCUAAAGUGUUGCCCCACUCCCGAAGAUGAAGAUGAAAUCGUGGUUCCUCCGGGGACGGUACCGGUGACGGUUCCCGGAACGAAUGCAGGUCCAGUGACGGUACCUGGUGCGGGUCCGGGUACAGGAUCGGUUCCUCCCAAUCAAGGAACAGGCCCGGUACAGCCGAUCCCUGGCGGUGAAGGACAGCUGGGAACUGGUAAUAAGCCAACGGCAGGCGUUGGUGUCGGUGGUGGUAAACCUCAUGGGCAUGGUCAGGGCUAUGGGCAAGGGCAAGGACAUGGCGCUGGAGGCUGUCAGGGUGAUAGAUCCUGCUCGCGGCCUGACUCAUCUUCUGCAAGCGACGAGCAAACGGUGUUGGUUGGUGCGAAUCAGAUUGCUGGCGGUGGUGGAGGUACUACUGCUAAUCAGGUAAAGGACCCGCCACAAAUACCGCAGGUACAGGGUGGCGGACCACCUGUGGGGGGAAGCGGCACCAAGCCAGGCUCGCCGGGAUCUACUGGUGUUAAUCAACCGGCUACGGGUGGUUCACAACCGGGCAGUGGGGCAGCUAAACCGCCUACGGGCCAAGGUACUGGUACGCCAGGAAUCGGAGCAGGAAGUGGACAGCAACCAGGUGGAGCAGGUGGAUCGCCUGGUCAAAAACCAACUCAACAAGGAGCUGGAGGAGUGGGCAGUGGGGCAGCUAAACCGCCUACGGGCCAAGGUACUGGUACGCCAGGCAUCGGAGCAGGAACUGGACAGCAACCAGGUGGAGCAGGUGGAUCGCCUGGUCAAAAACCAACUCAACAAGGAACUGGAGGAACUGGUGGUCCUACUUCUGGAGGAUCCGGCGGACCCGGAGUAGGUGGAGGUGCUCCAACGCCCAGCCAACAAGGUGGCAGUACAUCGCCUUCCCAAUCUGGAGUAACCGGUCUCAAUGCUCCUGGCUCGGGAGCAACACAGGAAAAACAACCUGUGGGCGCUGGACCUGACCAACAUCCUUCGGGCCCGGGAGGUGUUAAGAAUCCUGGUGCUGGUGGUGGCUAUAACGGUGGCGUGAUCGGUACUAAACCAGAUAAAGUAGGCACCGCUACGCAGAAUCCUUUCGAUAAAACAGUCGACAGACCACACACAUGUGGUCUGCGCAAUGCGGACGGUGUGGGAUUCCGCAUUACCGGUGACAACGAUGGCGAGUCAGAGUACGGAGAGUUCCCAUGGAUGGUGGCGAUUCUUAAGGAGGAGAAAGCCCUCGAGCAGGUGAUCAACGUCUACCAGUGCGGUGGAUCUCUGAUCCAUCCGUCGGUCGUCCUGACGGCGGCACACUGCGUCCAGAACCGAAAAACGGAGGAGGUGAAAGUACGACUCGGCGAGUGGGAUACGCAAACCAAGAACGAGAUGUUUGACUACCAGGAUCGUAACGUUGUGGAGAUCGUGUCCCAUGCCGAAUUCUACAAGGGAGGUCUAUUCAACGAUGUGGCACUGUUGUUCCUGGACAAACCGGCGGACCUAAUGGAGACGGUCAACACGAUCUGUCUGCCGCCGGCAAACCACAACUUUGACCUGUCGCGCUGCUUUGCCUCCGGCUGGGGUAAGGACGUGUUCGGCAAGCAGGGCACUUAUCAGGUGAUUCUGAAGAAGAUCGAACUACCGAUCAUGCCCAACGAGCAGUGCCAGACGGCGCUGCGCACGACACGUCUUGGCAAGCGGUUUAAGCUGCACAAGAGCUUCAUCUGCGCCGGUGGCGAGAAGGGUCGGGACACGUGCAAGGGUGACGGUGGCUCCCCGUUGGUUUGUCCGAUCCCGGGUGCGGUUAACCACUACUACCAGGCCGGUAUGGUUGCGUGGGGCAUUGGAUGUGGCGAGGAUGGCAUCCCCGGUGUGUAUGUGAACGUGCCAAUGUUCCGCGGAUGGAUCGACGAUCAUUUGCGGCAGCGAAAUAUUACUGACAGCUUCUACCUCUAUUCGUAA